UAAUUCCCUCUCGCUCUCCUCCUCCUUUUCAGAGUCUCUCCAAACCUCACCUACACCAAACAAAACAGCAGGGUAGAGAGAGACUCUCUCUGUGUUCCUCUCACUAGAAUUGCAUUUCCUCAGUUUCCGACGAGUUUUCCUGACCCAGAUAACCACAGCAGAGAAAAAAAGUGGGUCUUUCUUUGCUUCUCUGAGUACAAUUGUUUAUAGUCAUUUUCUCGCCGGCCAAACAGGAGUUGCCUGACCCAGAUAUCAAAGCGGAGAGAGAAAGUGUGGGUCUCUCUGAAUUCAAUUGUUUAAAGUUAUUUGGUCGCCUGCCAAACAGGUUUAGACGUAAUUGACUCGGUCAUCGGUGACGUGAUCCACAUAGUGAAAAAUGGAAUCCAGCAACAUGAAAAUGUCUCCUUUCGAUUUGGUGACUGCGAUUUUGAGAGGCGGGAAGAUUGAUCAAUCAAACAUGUUGUCAGAUUCUGGCAAGACUUUGUCGCCGACGGUGGCGAUGCUGCUGGAGAAUAGGGAGCUGAUGAUGAUCUUAACGACGUCAGUGGCUGUCUUGAUUGGAUGCGUCGUCGUUUUGUUUUGGAGGAGACAGAGAUCUGCUAAAAAAAUAGAGCAGCCUAAAAUGGUGGCUCCCAAAAUUGAGGAAGAGCCCGAGGUUGAUGAUGGGAAGAAGAAAGUUACUAUUUUUUAUGGAACGCAGACCGGUACAGCUGAAGGGUUUGCUAAGGCACUUGCUGAGGAAGGAAAAGCUCGCUAUGAGAAGGCUACUUUUAAAGUGAUUGAUUUGGAUGAUUAUGGGGCAGAUGAUGAAGAGUAUGAGGAGAAAUUGAAGAAAGAGACUUUGGUGCUUUUCUUUUUAGCUACAUAUGGAGACGGUGAGCCGACUGACAAUGCAGCUAGAUUCUACAAAUGGUUUGCAGAGGGAAAAGAGAGGGGGGAUUGGCUGGAGAAUCUUCAGUAUGGUGUAUUUGGUCUUGGCAACAGGCAAUAUGAGCAUUUCAACAAGAUUGCAAAGGUGGUGGAUGAGCUUGUUGUUGAGCAGGGUGGGAAGCGGUUUGUUCCAUUGGGUCUUGGGGAUGAUGAUCAAUGCAUUGAAGAUGACUUUACUGCAUGGCGAGAGCUAGUGUGGCCCGAGCUGGAUCAGUUGCUAAGGGAUGGGGAUGAUACAACUGGUGCUACUCCUUACACCGCUGCUGUUCCAGAAUACCGAGUUGUAUUCCAUGACCAACCAGAUGCAUCACUACUGGAGAAUGGCUUUGGUAAAACAAAUGGUCAUGCUGUUUAUGAUGCUCAACAUCCUUGCCGAGCCGAUGUGGCUGUGAAAAAGGAGCUUCAUACACCUACAUCCGAUCGUUCUUGCACCCAUCUAGAAUUUGACAUUGCUGGCACUGGACUUGCAUACGAGACUGGGGAUCACGUUGGUGUGUACUGUGACAAUCUCCUUGAAAUAGUGGAGGAGGCUGAGAGGUUAAUAGGUUUACCACCAAAUACUUAUUUCUCUAUUCACACUGAUAAAGAGGAUGGCACCCCACUCAGUGGAAGCUCCUUGCCACCUCCCUUCCCACCUUGCACUUUAAGGAUUGCUUUGACUCGGUAUGCUGAUCUUUUGAGCUCUCCCAAAAAGGCUGCGUUACUUGCUUUAGCUGCUCAUGCUUCUGAUCCAAAUGAAGCUGAUCGAUUAAGACACCUUACAUCUCCUGCUGGAAAGGAUGAAUAUGCACAGUGGGUUGUUGCAAGUCAAAGAAGCCUCCUCGAGAUCAUGGCAGAAUUCCCAUCGGCCAAGCCCCCACUUGGUGUUUUGUUUGCAGCAGUUGCCCCACGCCUGCAGCCCAGAUACUAUUCUAUCUCUUCCUCCCCAAGGAUGGCGCCAUCGAGAAUUCACGUCACUUGUGCAUUAGUGUAUGAGAAAACACCUACAGGACGAAUUCACAAGGGGGUGUGCUCCACUUGGAUGAAGAAUGCUGUGGCUUUGGAGGAAAGCCGUGACUGCAGCUGGGCACCCAUUUUUGUUAGGCAGUCAAACUUCAAACUCCCUGCCGAUACUAAAGUGCCUAUUAUUAUGAUUGGUCCUGGCACUGGAUUGGCUCCUUUUAGAGGUUUCCUUCAGGAAAGAUAUGCUCUGAAGGAAGCUGGAGCAGAACUGGGACCUGCUGUAUUAUUUUUUGGAUGCAGGAAUCGCAGAACGGACUACAUCUAUGAGGAUGAGCUAAACAACUUUGUUGAAAAUGGUGCAAUUUCUGAGCUCGUUGUUGCUUUCUCCCGUGAGGGACCCAGUAAGGAAUACGUGCAACAUAAGAUGGCAGAGAAGGCCUCCGAUAUCUGGAAAAUGAUUUCCGAGGGAGGUUAUAUAUAUGUCUGUGGUGAUGCCAAAGGCAUGGCUAGGGACGUCCACCGAACACUUCACACCAUUGUGCAAGAGCAGGGAUCUCUGGACAGCUCCAAGGCGGAGAGCAUGGUGAAGAAUCUGCAAAUGACUGGGAGAUAUCUGCGUGACGUAUGGUGAUUAUUCUUUGAAUGCAGUCCCUCUCUAAUGACAGAAAAAAGAAAAAUUCCGUAAAUUAUAUACCUGCCGACUUAAUGGUAUGAGAAAGGUGAAGUGGGAAGACUACUGACCUUCUGCUGCCAGCCUUAAAGUGGCAAUUCUGCUGUGUUGUUAUAUACUGGACUGUUUUUCAUUCUUUUUCUUUUUUUAAUGGAUUUUUUGGUUCUUAUAAUUUUUAUAUCCUAUCCUACAUUAUAAACAAGCGGAUGCUCACUCUCGUCCUCUACUGUGCAUAAUGUGAACAACUGCUGUGGGGGCCUUCGUCCUCUGCUGUGCAUGAUGUGAACAAUUGAUGCGGGACCCACAACAAUAGGUCCCAGUUUUCC